AUGGCCAUCAAGGGCAACUCUGGCGAGUACAAGGCGCGGAGCCCGCUGGGCAUGGUGAUCGCCGUCCUGCUGUGCUGCUUCUUCUACGUGCUCGGCGCGUGGCAGCGCAGCGGCUACGGCAAGGGUGACCGCAUCGCGGUGGCGGUGACCCGGCAGACGGCCUGCUCGGGCGCCUCUGCCGCGGGGCUCAGCUUCGAGACGCACCACACCGGCGGCCUGGCCAACGCGACGACGUCCGGCCUUGGCGGCGAGCCGCCGCCACCGUGCACGGCAGCGCUCGCGGACCACACUCCGUGCCACGACCAGGAUCGCGCCAUGAAAUUCCCGCGCAAGAACAUGGUGUAUCGGGAGCGGCACUGCCCGUCGGACGGCGAGCGGCUGCGGUGCCUCGUGCCGGCGCCGCCUGGGUACGUGACGCCGUUCCCGUGGCCCAAGAGCCGCGACUACGUCCCUUACGCCAACGCGCCGUACAAGAGCCUCACCGUUGAGAAGGCCGUCCAGAACUGGGUCCAGUACGAGGGCGCCGUAUUCCGUUUUCCCGGCGGCGGCACCCAGUUCCCCCACGGCGCCGACAAGUACAUCGACCAGCUCGCCUCCAUCGUCCCCUUCGCCGACGGCUCCGUCCGCACCGUCCUCGACACCGGCUGCGGCGUGGCGAGUCUCGGCGCGUACCUGGACUCCCGUGGCGUGAUGGCCAUGUCGUUCGCACCGCGCGACUCGCACGAGGCGCAGGUGCAGUUCGCGCUGGAGCGCGGCGUGCCGGCCUUCAUCGGCGUCCUCGGCUCCGUCAAGCUCCCAUUCCCUCCAAGAUCCUUUGACAUGGCGCACUGCUCCCGGUGCCUCAUCCCGUGGUCCGGCAACGGGGGGAUGUACAUGAUGGAGGUGGACCGGGUGCUCCGGCCGGGCGGGUAUUGGGUGCUCUCCGGCCCGCCGAUCAACUGGAAGGCGAAUCACAGGAAGUGGGAGCGCGCGGAGGAGGACCUGGCCGGCGAGCAGAAGAGGAUUGAGGAGUACGCGCAGAUGCUCUGCUGGGAGAAGGUCACCGAGAUGGACGAGAUUGGCGUGUGGCGGAAGCGGACGGACACGGCAGCGUGCCCGGCCAUGCCGCCGGAGGUCCGGGCCUGCGACCCGGCCAAUCCCGACGACGUCUGGUACAAGAACAUGGAGACGUGCAUCACGCCGUCCACCACUGCCGCCGGAGGAGAACUGCAGCCGUUCCCGGAACGGCUGAAGGCCGUCCCGCCGCGGAUAAGUUCCGGCGCCGUCCAGGGCUUCACCGCGGAGUCGUACGAGGAGGAGAAGCGACGGUGGGAGAGGCAUGUGAAGGCAUACAGGAAGGUCAACUACAAGCUCGACACCAAGCGGUACCGGAACAUCAUGGACAUGAACGCCGGCGUGGGCGGCUUUGCGGCGGCGAUCUUCUCCCCCAUGUCCUGGGUGAUGAACGUGGUGCCCACCACCGCCGAGCUCUCCACCCUCGGCGUCAUCUAUGAGAGGGGUCUCAUCGGCAUCUACCAUGACUGGUGUGAAGCAUUCUCUACCUACCCAAGAACCUAUGACCUCAUCCAUGCCAAUGGAGUAUUCAGCCUCUACAGGGACAAGUGCAAGAUGGAGGACAUCCUGCUGGAGAUGGACCGGAUUUUGCGCCCUGAGGGCACGGUGAUCCUCCGGGAUGACAUCGACGUCCUGCUACGGGUGGACAAGGUGGCGACGGGGAUGCGGUGGAAGACGAUGAUGGCGAACCACGAGGACAGCCCGCACAUCCGAGAGAAGGUGCUCUACGCCGUCAAGCGCUACUGGACCGCCGACAGCGACAAGAGCUCCCAAGAGAAGAAGGAUGAACACUUCUUUUCCAUUUUUUCGAGAUGA